AUGACCUCCUAUUUAGGACCUGAAAGUCCCCGGCCAUAUUCUGUUGCUGCUGAACGUUAUUUUCAGCGUAUAAAUUUCUCAACUGGUUUAACAGUAGCAAAUCCCGAACGAAUAUAUCCAAUAAGUAAAUGUCGAUUUGGUGGACAAUAUGAAAAAGAAAUUUGUACCUAUUUGGCUAAACAUGCUGAAGUUAAUUGUAAUGAUCGUAUAUGUUUAGUUGGAGAAGAACCUGAAUGGACAUCAGUUAUACAAGAACAAUUAUUUCUUAUUAAACCAGUGUCUUUUAUCGAUUGUAAAUUACAUCAAGAUGCUAUCAAAGAACAAUUAUCAUCAAAUAUAUUUGAUCGAAUCAUAGUUUUUAAUUGUCUUCAUCUAAUAAAUAAUCCAUCAGCUGAUGAAACUACUAAAGAUGGAAGUCGAAAUUUCAGUGCUGGUAUUUAUAGUCCAUUAAUGUCAUGUAUCAAUAUGUUACGUAAAUCAUUAGUACCACAUGGUCGAUUAAUUAUUAUUCAUCGUGAACCAAAUAUCAAUACGUUACCAUUACCUGUUGAAGUCAUAACAAAUUGGCAUAAUUCUGUUGGACAUAGUUCACGUCUUAUUGAACAAUUACAUAGUGAAAGAAGGCCAGAACUUGAAUAUUUAUGGGAAGUUGAAACAAUUAAAUUUAAUAUACAAAAAUUAAAUUGGUUUAAUUUACUCAUUCAUCGAGCAUUUUAUCCAUUGAAUUUAACCGAUCAAAAACAAAUUGCUGAUGGAUUAAGAUUAUUAAAUGAAACAUAUUUUAAAUAUCAUCAAGGUUUAAUAGAAAUGUUCGAUCGUUUAUUAUUUAUCACAAUUCAAAAUAAAUUUGAACCAUUAUUAUCAACAAAUCGUUUACCAAAAUUUGCUCAAUCGUCAAAAAAUCCAACCUAUUCUUUACAUAUAACUCGAUCAUCACGAAAACCAGAUCUACCACAAACAGGAGCUCAUGAACAAUUGGAUUAUAAAAUGUUAGUUACUGAUGAAGUUAAUCAAUUAUUAAAUAUAAAUGCACAACGAAAAAAUCCAAAACAAAAUAUGUUUAAAACAUCUCUUCCUUUUAUGUAA